AUGUCGCUGUCUCGUACCCUCUUCGGCUCCAGUCGCGCUGCGACAGCCGCGUCCCGCACGCUCGCCCCCGCAGCGCUCGCGAGCUCUUCAUCGUCCUCCUCCCACUGCCGACAGCUUCAUUCGACCCCGGCGCCUCCCAAGAACUACCCGGACCAUGUGCCACUGAACGCGGCGCAGAAUGCGCUUCUGGCCGUCGGCAGCGGCGUCGUCGGCGUGCUCAACUACACGUCGCGCCCCGACCUCAUUGCCACGCUGUCAGAGUCGACGGCGUCGUCGUUCCUGCCCCGUCUGCACGAACACAUGGCGUCCCACCCCGAGGGCCGCCAGAUCCUGCGCGACCGGCCCAUUGUCAGCUCCCACACCGUCAACCUCGACCACCUCCGCGGUCUGCGCAGGGGUACGGUGGGCAGGGAGUAUGUUGAAUGGCUGGACCGUGACGGAAUCACGCCUGAUUCACGAGAGACUGUGGGUUUGAAGGUCCUGUUCGGAAGUGCUAACCCGGUACAGGUCCGGUACAUUGACUCUCCAACGCUGGCGUACACGAUGCUGCGAUACCGCCAGACCCACGACCUGUACCACACGCUGUUCACGCUCCCACCGACGCUCGUGCACGAGCUGUCUCUCAAGGUCGUCGAGUGGGCCAACAUGGAGCUCCCCGCUGCGGCCAUGUCGAGCACGUUUGGUCCGCUGCGUCUCAGCCAGAAGCGCCGGGCACAGUGGCGCGAAGACUGGGUCCCCUGGGCACUGCGUACCGGUGCCGGCGGCCGCACGCUUGUGGGGGUGUACUGGGAGAAGCGCUGGGAGCAGGGUAUCGGAGAGCUGCGUCGCGAGCUGGGUGUGAGCCGCAACGACGCGCCGGGAGUGGAGGCGCGCUGGAAGGGUUACCGUGUUCUGCGCGAACAGGAGCGCGAGCUGCGCAGGAAGGGCGAAUGGAUCGACGAGCCAGAGGAGUGGUAG